UAUACACACACACAUGCACUCACUUACUAAACACUGCAAUUGCUCUCAGGCACAGUAGCAGCUGCAGGGCAUUUUUUUCCAGCCUGGACCAGCCAACCAGUCAGUACACUGGGAGAAAAAGUAGGCUACUCUUGUGCUUUUUGGAGUGGCAUCCGAUCCUGUCUUCAUCAUAACCAAAGCCCCUCUGUAACGUGCCGGAGGAAAUGUCAGACCCAACACAGGAACUCACCAACAAGCCCUUCGCGGCCCAGUUGUCUAAUGUUUACCUCAGCAUCUUGGCACUCUUCUGCUUUAAGCUCUUUAUUAAGAUUUCUCUCAACUUGCUGACAUACUUCUACAUUAUCCGUGGGAACCGUAAAGAGGCUGCCAGGAUAUCAGCAGAGUUCUAUGAUUAUGGUCAACAGCACAGAUCCUGGGCGGACCGCUCACCCCUCCACGAUGCUGCGAGUCAGGGCCGCCUCCUGGCUCUGAAGACCCUCAUUUUACAGGGUCACAGUGUGAAUGUUCUGACAAUAGACCAUGUGACACCCCUUCAUGAGGCCUGUGUCGGAGACCACGUCGCCUGUGCCAGAGCUCUCAUAGAUGCAGGAGCAAAUGUCAAUGCUUCUACGAUUGAUGGAGUCACCCCUCUGUUCAACGCCUGUGCAGUGGGCAGCGUGGCAUGCACUGAAGUUCUUUUGGAAAAUGGAGCAAAACCCCAGAGUGUUGUAUACCAUCCAUCACCAAUACAUGAAGCUACAAGCAAAGGUCAUUACGGUUGUGUGGAGGCUCUGGUGACUUGGGGGGCAGAUGUGGACAUGGACAUUCCUCACCUGGGCACAGCGCUCUACACAGCCUGCGUCUGCCAAGAGCUGGAGUGUGCCAGGAAACUCCUGAGGGAAGGUGCAAAUGUACAGAAAGGCAAGUCUCUGGAUUCACCCUUACAUGCAGCUGCAGAAAAGGACAGCACAGCUGUAGUGAAGCUGCUGCUGGACUUUGGUGCAGACAUUAAUGCCAGGAACACCGAGUUUCAGAGGCCAGUAGAUGUGGCUCCACCCAGCAGUCUAACAGAGGGCUUUCUACUGCUAUAUGAAGCUACACCGAGACUGCUGAGCCAGCUGUGUCGUCAGUGCAUCAGGAGCUGCGUCGGCCGUGACAGACUCCACCUUCUUUCCCACCUUCCCCUGCCCAACAGAAUUAGGAACUACCUGCAGUACCAAUGACAGGCAGAACAAACCGCCUGCAUAAAUUGGACUUAAAGACAGAAAAAGCACAUCCACUCCAUGAACUCUUCCUACUUUUAAUUUUAGCUACCAGUCAAUUAGUCACUGAGUAGCCACUGAGUAGCUGGCAGUACCAAGCUGUGUUGAGCUGGCCUGCAUCCCAUAUGUGAUUGUGGACUUGGAUGAAUGUAAAGCAGGGAGUUUAAAAAAAUAACGUUUGAGGCAUAGCCUUCCCUGGAUAAAAUAUGAUUAAAAUAUAAAACAUAAACAUAUUAUUUGUCAUUCAGGUGUGCCGUAUUUAGAAGAUUCCUUGUUAGUUGUGAUAGCAAUCAGAGAGUGAUGCACUUUGAAAACUUUAUAUAAUGUUGUAUAAAUGCACAGUAUAUGUAAAUGAGUAUACAUAGUUUUGCAUCUGAUA